GCAGCGCGUGUGUGUGUGUGGGAAACUGGUGCUGUCGCGCGUAUUUACCUCCUCUGACAUGGGUUCACUGGGGGCAGUUCCGUCAGCGGCAGAGCCUGCCUCCACAGCCAUUCGCAAGAUCCCCUGUAGGUUACGAGGGUGUUGCCUGUUACCUUCACCCUCAGCCAUCACGCUCUGGACAAAGAGGGAGCGGAGACCAAAAGGGGUUAAUGCAAUGCAGAAGGGCUAAUCCCUCCUAUUUUCACAGAGAGGGGAAAACAGAGUGUGACAGUGGUAGUGUGGACUUGAGCUUUAAAGAGACGAGAGAGGACACCUAGGACAGACAGGAAAACAGUAUGUGGAUGGAGGAAGGAGAUGGAGGGAUGCAGUAGAAUGAGUGUCCGAGAGCUGUGCGAGACAGAUGAUCUGGCCACUAGCCUGGUGCUGGACCCCUUGCUGGGAUUCAGCACGCACAAGAUGAACAUCAGUCCGCCGCCGGAGGUCAGGCGAUGGGGCUACCUGCGGGAGGCGCUGCUGCGGUUCCGGCGGACGCACGACUUCCCGGCAGCCUUCGAGGCCCUGACCGUGGGGGAGUGGGCCUGGGGCUACUUCACCCAGCUGGGCUCGCACCGGCAGGAGCUCCUGCGGCAGCACGUGUACCGCUACCUUAGCGCCUUCCUGUUGGACAGCGGCGUCCGAAUCGAGUCAUGUGACCGGUACUCCUCUGAAACGAACGGAGCCAAGAUAACAUCGACACGACACUGGCUGGUGGGGGAGAGGGUGGAGGUGCUGCAGGGCUGUAUUGCUGAGCUCAGCCCUGCUGAUGGUGCAGUCCUGAGGGCCGGGGUCAACGACUUCAGCGUGAUGUACUCCACCCGCAAGCGCUGCGCCCAGCUGUGGCUGGGGCCCGCCGCCUUCAUCAACCACGACUGCCGGCCAAACUGUAAGUUUGUCCCCGGUGACAAGUACAGGGCGUGUGUCAAAGUGAUUCGGGCCAUCGCCCCCGGAGAGGAGAUCACCUGUUACUACGGCGACAGCUUUUUCGGCGAAGAUAACGAAAUGUGCGAAUGCUGCACAUGCGAGAGGAAAGGGGAGGGAUUCUUCAGGCAAAGAGAAAGACAGCCGCUUUGCGAGGACCCGGGAGACGUCGCAGGGCAGAAGUACAGCCUGAGGGAGACCGACCUCCGUCUGAAUCGGGAGAAGGGGAACUGCACCCCAGGGUCUACCCCGGCGCCCACAAGCACAGCUCUUUCCCCGAGAUUUUCCCUCUCCCAGAAGAUGAAGAAGAAUCCCGUUGCCACGAGCGCCAGCAGCAGGAUGAGAAAGAGGAGCCGGUGCAGACCGGACGAGCCGGAGCGAGCCGACAGGAAGCAGGACGCGGCGUUCCGAGGCUCCUCGCCGCACGCGGUGCUGAAGGACCUGAGGGUGCGUCUGCACCGCUGCCCCGCCGAAUUACUCUUAAAGUUCAGGCGGUCCGCCGGCGGCGGGGAGGCCCUCUCCCGCCCGCCCGAAACGGCGAAGCCCGAGGAGACGGGGACGCCGGGUGGGCCCCUGAUCCUCCUGGCCACGGGCAGGGUCGAGGGCGGGAAGGGGAACGACGAAAGCACUUUUAAUCACAAGCCGGCUCGCGAGCUCAACCUGCAGCCCUUCACCCUCGGCCCUCCGUCGCACGACGACGCGAUUGGCGGGCAGAACGGGCGCAAGGCGAGCCCGCUGGACAGAAUUCAGCUGGUGGACACGGCGCCCCUCGUUGUACAAUCAGCGAUCUCCCCUGAUGACGCGGGGAACGCGGACAGAACUCCGCUAGAAGGUUCCGAUGCUGGCUCGCAGUCGGCUGUGCACAGAGUCGUCGUCACUAAUAAGAGAAACAAAAGCAGGUCGGCAGCGAUGAGAAAAAGCGGCGAUCGCCCGGGUGGCCCAGGAGUCGCGUGUAGCGGUAGCAUUAAAGAUGGCCUUAGGUACGCGAAUGGAGUCGACGGCAGUAAAACGGGCGCUGUGGACAUCUCGGUUAAAGCUGCUCCCGGUGAAAGCAGCUGCAUUACCAUCGCUAACAGCAGGUCCAGCAGUAGCGUGUCCUACAUCAUCAACCGACUGUACACUGGAGUGGGAGAGUCGAAGAGCAGCGAAGUGCAGCGUGCGGGCUGUCCGUCUGUCAGCGGGCGGGAGGAUCCGCCGGAUUCGUCCACUGAGAGGACCGAUGGCGAACCACAGGACUCGGAACCCAAGUCUGAGAACGGCAGCGACGGCAAAAAUGUCUCGGACAACUCCGGACGCCUGGACUGUAAAAAUGAAAAUCGCGCCCCGCACCCUUGUCAGCUAGUCGCCGCCCUCGUCACCGUUCCUUCUCACUCUGUCAAGUCCCGCAACAAGUCCACCCUGUCCCCCUCCGGCCAGUCUCUGCUGUUUGGGUUGAAGCAGUAUCUGACGGUUGAAAUGGUUAGGAUGUCCUCUCGUGAAGGUCAGGAACCGGGAGGAGGGGUAGUUGAGGGAGAGCAGGAGGAAGGAGGGAAGGAGGGAGUCGGUGGGAAGGAGGAGAAAGCGGGGGCUGGGGGUGCAGCAGCAGAGGAGGGAAAGACCGAUGUUAAAGAUUCGAAACCGCGUUCCAAAAGAAAAGGCCAGGCCCCCUCCAGACCUAAAAGUAGGAGGGGGGUGACUGAGAGGUGUGUCGGAGCAGCGUGUUGCCAAGGUGGAAGUGGCAAUGUGGCUUCUGAGGAAGUGACAGGUUUACAGCAGUUAGAGCAAGAGAAAGGGGGAGAAGAAAGAGGAAAAACUGAGGAAGGUAAAGGCGAGGAGGGUGUGAAUGGCAGCGAGAAUGAAAAUAGUGCUGAUGUAAGGGAAGAGAUAAUCCAAGAGAGAGCUACAGUGGGGACGGCAGAGAAGGGCGGAGAGGAGGAGACGACAAACAGUCAGAGGGUUGAGAAGCAUGGGAAGGAAGAUGGUGGGAAGCGGGACGAGAAGACAAAUGAGGGCGAGAAAGGAGGAGGGAGGAAGAAAGGUGAAGGAAAGAAUAGUUUAAUUUCAACCACAAAGAUUGCAGAAGAGAAAGAGAAGAAAGGUGCAGAUGAGGGAGAGUCUGCACGGGAGAGGGAAGGAAAGAAAGCAGGACAGCCGUUUGUCCGGCCCAGAAGUAUGAGGAGAGGGAAGUGGAUGCUCGUGCAUCCGAACAAUGGAGAAAAAAAGAAAGUGGAAGAAAUUGACAGAAACGGUACGAGAGAUCAACCAAAAAAGGGGCACUCAAAAACCCCUCGGAGGAAGCUUUUGGGCAGCAUCGUUAUUAAGGAGGUGAGGAUUCUUCUCUCUGACGUUCUCGGGAAGAGCAAAGAGCAAAGCCUGAGCGUGAAGCGGCAGGAGAAAGACGCUAAAACCCCAGAACGUAAAGAAAAGAAGGACGGUCCGGGAGAGGAGGGGGUGAAAGGAGGAGAGAAGUCGAAGCUGCCGGAGAAAAGGAAACCGGCAGGAAGAGGAAAGAGGAGAGCGAGGAAAGGGCACGUGUGGAGGACGCUGAGAAAGAGAGCGGCGGAGACGGAAGAGAACUCGCUCCCACCUCUGACGAGCGCAGGGAAACUCAUGAAGCAAAACGCCCCGCAGCAAGAGCGGCCUCAGACUAUUACAAAUCCUCCAGCGCGCUGCGCGAUUCCGGCGGAGCCGAAAGCUCCUAAGCCAGCGCUUUCAGCCCCAGAGCGGCCCGCCGCCGAGCAGUCCAGUCUGAAGCGGGGUCUGGAUCUUGCCGCGCAGGCACGCAACCAGGCUCGAAUCCCAUUAAAGAAAAGGAUGUCUCUGCAAGCGAUGGCGAUGGAGUGCGAGCAGAGCUUAAAUUCGGUUCCGUUGGAAGUCCCGUCGGAGAAGGCAGCGGCACAGCCGGAGCAGAAGUUGGACUCGGAAUCAAAAGUGGCGGAAGAAAUGAAAGUGCAGACCGAGUCGAGGGAAAAAGAUGGUGGAAAAGCAGAGGGAGAAAACGAAAAAUGCGCAUCUCCAUCCCGCUGCGAAGCGGCGAAGCCCGAGAGCGUGCCGAAGGCAGGAUUGGUCCGAACCUCGCGGCUGAGCUCAAAGCUCAGACGGCUGCGUUCUGCGGCAAACGGGAAAGAACCGGUCCAAGCAAGCCGAAGGGUUCCGCCGUCGAGGGCAGGGCGCUUAAGAUCAGGGAGUGUCAGGGGGGCCGGAAAGACGGCGGAGCAGGAGGCCGGGAGCGGCGAGAUAAACGGGCGGAGUAAAGACGGAGACGGGGCAGCGGAGCUCCCGGGUGGAGGCGGAGCAGGAGCAGGAGCAGAGGGGCCGGAGGAUACCUCAGCAGAGACCGAGCAGGAGCAGAGGAAGGGAGCGGAGUCCGAGCGUCAGGAAUUCCAGACCGAGCGCGAGCCGGAAGUGCGGGAAGAAUCUGGCAACCAAGAGACUGUAGAGGAAGUGGACGCAAAUUCCACACCUGUGUGCGUGGACCAAAGGCUGUCAUCUCCAGAGACUCAAAUAGAGGGUCCAGAACUUUUAGAAAAGUCUCCAUCUGAUGAGAUCGCUCCUGUUCAGUCCAGUCCUGGGCAGGAAAAUGAAAUGGUUAGGGAAAAAGUGGAGGAGGAGGAGGAGGGAGAGGAGAGGCAAACCGAAGUCCAGAUUUUGUCUGCCUUCCAGGAUUGUCUGGAGAGGGAUGAUGACCAGAACUGCAACUUGAGAAUUCGCCUGAAGAGAAAAAGAGGAGAGGAGUGGGAGAUGGAGAGAACUGAGGAGGAAGACAUGAUGGCCAUCUCAAGUCCAAGUGAACUUCCGCUUUUCGAGCCUUUUCAGGCCCUCCUGGACUCCGUUUCCAUCCUGAACCUUGAGAUGGAGAGGGAAGUGAGAGCCGAGAUGGUCCUGGAACAGGAAGUGGAAGCUCAUAAAGACCCAGAGGAAGGGUGGGAGAAGGACGCCGAGCUGAAGACGGUCGAGAGUCCAGGGAGUCCAGGUCAGAGUGAGAGAAUAGACGUAAGGGGUGAAGAACUGGUGGGGCAAGGGGGGGAAGGUUUAGAAGAGAGCAGAGAGGCGGGGGGAGUGAGUGAUGAAGACAUAGACUGGGGGGUUUGCGCAACGCAGCAGGCUUGGGGAGCGGGCGGGAAUUUGAGUGAGGCUAGCGCUAAUAGAGGGGAAGUAGAGACUGAUGCUGCUAGCAUAGAAGGAGGAGAUGAAACCAAAACGAGAGACGUGGAAGGAACAGCAAUGAAACCUGAAGAAAACGACAUAAACUACGAAAGAGAUGAGGAGAACGGUGGCAACGGAGAGGUGGAGAGCAGGCCACUCUCCACCUCUCCACUGCUGAGGACACAUUUCAAGGUGGAAGUCGAGGACGGCGACGAAGAGGAGAGGGGACAGUUCUCUAACGCCGACGGAGGGGACCAAGCCUUACCGCGAAUCAGACUGCGGAGGAUGGCGGCGGGGGAAUGGGCGGUGGAAACCGAGGACUGGGAGGGGAACGAUGGCGAGAGAAGCCUCCGGAGGGUGGACAGUGAGAGCGGGCACGAGGGAACGGGCGAGGCUACGAGAAGGCUAAGAAGGCACACGUCGUAUGUUCAAGAGGGCCAGUUUGGGGGAAACGCGAAAUUUCGCGUGUCGGAGGAGGAGGAGGAACGCUCAUCUCCGCGCUCUCGCCUCAGAAGGAAGGUCAAGCAGACACGACGGAGAGGCGUCCCCGUCGGGCCCCUGAAAAUGGAGUCGUCCGGCCUCCCGCUUUCUCUCUCGCCCCUCUCUCUCAACUCGCCCCUCCGCAGCUCUCCCGAGGACCCUCUGUCGUCCGAGCCUCCGAACUGGAGGAGGGGGGCGGGGAAGGGCAGGGCGAUGGUUGAAAUCCGGAAGAAGGUGAGGAAAAUACGACCAAAGCAGGGAAGAGCCCUGAGGAGGAGAAGGAGGCGGCGGAGGGAGGUCAGGAGGUCCGGCGGGCCGAGUCAGAGCUUGCUCCAGAUCAACCAGGGUCUCUCCACCGUCCCCACGCUCGAAGCCUCGAGUCAAGCACAGGCCCCUGAAAGAAGCAUUCCCAAUGACACACAUUCUACCUCUCAGUCCCAACCUAAAGCUCCCUCUCCCCUUUUCUCAUUGAUCGAAGGCUCUCUCCUUAACAUCGAGUCCAGCAGCACAAACUGUUGUGAAGAUCUCCUGGACUUCCAGACGUUGAACUUGGAAGGGUAUUACCACCUCCCUCAUCCGGGCAACUUUCCGAAUGCGCUCGGUGCAUUCUGCCCCGACCAAGAAGAGAACCAUUCGGAUUCCUUCAACAGCCCUUUCUCCCAAACCCCUUCCGAAACGUGGCACCCGGGCACUCCGUACCUCGACACGCCAAGUCCAGGAAGCAACUUCAGUUCGGGUGCAGAUCUGCAGAGCUUCCCAGAUUUCAGUUGCCCCAAAAGUGUCCCUCUCUCUUUAGGUGAAGAUCACACGUCCACCAAAGAUGCACUGUCUUUUAACGCACUUGGCUUUACAGCGGCCUCUGAAGCUGCCGCACAGGGCGCCCAUCCCGCGUUGAAUUUCUUUCCUGAUAAAAAUCAACAGGCCGUCCACACGAAGGAAGACUCCAAAUCCCAGCAUUCUCUCGCUGACAGACAUCAGAGCGCCAGCAAAGAGCUGCUCAUGUUCGGCACCUCGUCGGGCUCCGGGUGCGCCGCCGCCCCGAGCUCGCUGGCUCACAGUUCGCAAGUCAACCCGCUCAAUUACAGCUUCAGCUCGAGGGGAGUUUCCGCCCAGUCCGCGUGUGCCAAAGUCCAGACCGACCCCCAGAACAAAGGCAUCCAGCCUUUCCACAACAUCGGCGCCGCGGCCAAACAGGAGCUCUUCUCCGGCCACGCGACGCCGGGCGCGUUCAGUCUGGGGGCUCAGGGUUUUCCGGCCAAGUCCUUCGGCUCGCCGGCGGGGAGCAACCCGGCCGCCUUCCAGCAGUCGCACGCGGUCGGCCACGGGGAAGCGUUCUGCUGCACCUACGACAAGAACACCGGCCUGUUCGAGAGCUCCGGCUAUCUGGCCGGCCACUGCAAAGACGCGGGCGCCCUGAGCAACCCCGGCCUGCCGUUCAAACCUCCCGGCCCCAAGCUGGGGUACGGGGACCCCGGAAAGAAUCGCCUGGUUUACGAAGCCCCGAACCCCCCCAGCGUCGCCUGCCACCAAGCGGGAUAUCCGGAGUACGACUUCGGCGUGGGAAAGGGCACCGUUAGCUACGAGGCUUCGGAGUACCUGAACAAGCCUCUGUCCCACGGCGACAGGAUUCACCCGAUUUACUACGUGACCACCAGCAAAGAGCCGGUGGCCUUCAACAAAGCGCCCCCCGACAAAUCGGGCCUUUGCUGCAGUUUGUCGGAGCGGAACGUCUCCACUUUCCACAAGUCCUUCUGUCCCUUCGGCGUCGGCCAUCAAAGCUACAGCAUACCUCUCGGCAAAAGCUCGAACCAGGGCAAGCUGGAAGCUCUGUCCCUCUCCCAGAACCCCCACUCCGGCUGCGCCCCGUCUCCCCACCCCCCCGACCAGAGGCCGCCGCCUUUCUCCAAGCCCCCCGCGUUUGCGCAGCAGUGCGACCCCUCGGGCUUCGCCUACGGCUCGUCGGAGGCCCUGGACAAGCCGCCGUCGGCGCCUCCGCACUGCGGCCCGCACGCGUCCCGCAAGCCCCCCGAGCAGCAGGCCCCGGGGGGCAAGCCCCUGCCCUACGGCGGCCAGGCCUCCCCGUACGUCUUCAACUUCACCGGCGACCACUCCGUCACCCUGGGCUACAAGGACGGGGGGGAGUACCUGAACUACUCCGGGGCCAUGCCGGGCAGCUACACGUACCGCUGCCUGAUGGAGCCCUCGGGGACGCAGGGGAGGCUGGUGCUGGAGCCGUGCGGGCCGGGGCCCUCGAACUGCCCGCCCCCCGCCCCCCCGGGCGGCUUCGCGGGGCUGCGGGGGGAGGAGCUGAGCAAGAAGGACCUGCAGCAGCAGCAGCAGCAGCAUCAGCAGCAUCAGGGCCUGGGCUCCGCCCACGGCCCCGCCCCCUCGGUGUCCUGCUCCCUCCCCGCUUCCUCCCACUCCCUGGGCUCCCUUCACACGGACAGGAAGCCCAAGAGACUCAGGCUGGUGGUGACCGACGGCUCUGUGGACCUGGACCUGCAGUACACAGACUGAUUUGUCUAGGCUUUAAAAAAAAAACACAGAAGACUGACUGAUCCAAACACCCCACAUAUUUAUUAUUUGCUGUUAAUCGUAAGACCAGGAGUUUACGUGGCGGCCGCACAAACAGUACUGUUCGUCUUCUGUACGAGUAACACUUUCUGCCUGAGACUUUAAAACAAAAAAAAGAAAGAAAAAAUGUGUGAAUGUGCACAGGAUUUUAUUUUAUUUUUCCCAGAAAGUAAUUUUAUUUUUUACCAAAAAUCCCCCCAAAAAAAUGCGGUCACAACCUCUAAAAGAUGUGUGCGCUUAAAACGAUUUAACCCCUGUCCAAUCACAGCGUGACCGGACGGGUGCAGCCCUAGUUAAACUGAAGCAGAACACGAGGAGUUAAACAGGAGGAGGUGAAGCUCGGAUGGAAUGUGACGGAUUGUGUGUCUCCCUGUGCGAGAUUUCAGACGCGUCGUUUCCACACUUUAUUUCCACUUAGGAAGUUGUAAGAUUUUAGCUGACGUUAUUUAAUAUCCGUUUUUUUUUGCGGUAGUACCACAGUUCUCUCCUGACCUGGCAUAGCAGAAUGUAGCCACAUGGUGGGGCCGUUGUGCCCUUUCGUGAAAAUAUGUACCCCAGUUAUUAUAUUUAUUUAAUUCAGUCCACCUUUUUUUAAGAAGUGGAACAUCGUUUUUAUAUUCACCUAGGUGGUCAUGAAAUGUAUACGUUUAUGUAUCAGAAAGGAUGUGUGUGUGUAUUGUGUGAGUGAGAGUGAUGUGUAUAAUUGUAUGUUUGUGUUUGCGCAUACUGUGUGUGUGCGUGUGUGUUUGCGUGUACUGUGUGUGCAUACUGUGUUUGUAUGAGUGCGAGCAUGCGUGUGUCUGUGCGUGCGCGUCUGUCUGUGUGCGUGUGUGUGCGCGCCUGUGUGUGCGUGUGUGUCCGUGUGCGUGUGUGUGUGUGUCUACGUGCGUGCGGCGCAUUGCCUUACUGGAUGAACUAGAAGCAGCGCCCAGCGAGGCGCAGCAGCGAGGGGGGCGGACCCUCUGAGGGGUGGGGUAAUGCGCUGCGAGCGCUCAGCUGCGCUACUGUACGGCAAGCCAGGCUCAGGUGCUCCGCUGCGCUGAACACUUUAUUUAAACCCGCGGGGAGGGGGAGGGGGGAGGGGUCAACACGGAAGCGUUCUCCCUCAUUACUGAACCUCAGCGUCCCGUCUCCCGCCAGCCCUCCUCGCCAACCCAAGUUCUCAAGCUCGCUCGCCGCUUUCCGCGCGACGCCGCUCGUUAAAAGGAGUCGACGCUUCUCCGGCGACGCCGGAGCCGGCUCGCGCCUCUCGCCGCGGUCGCGGUCGUUCCGAACCGCGCCCGUAGCUAACGAAGGUCCGAAGUCGCGCUUCGCCGACCGCCGUUUUUUUCCCGAGCGUCGACAACCGACCGAGCGAGGCGCUCGCGAGCGUGGAUUCUUAGGCGGCGGCGUUUCCACGCGAGCGCGUUCGUCUCCGACGCCGUGCCCGCACUCGCUUACAAACGGAGGGUAAAAUGGCUGCCGGCUCUUACAUCACGGUAUGGGGGGGGGGGCGGAGCCCAACCAGGAAGUUGGGACUUGGGAGACUGGACUGGAACCAUAGGGAUUUGUGAUACUGUAUUUAAAAUAAACAAAUAAUAAAACAAUAACGGUGCUGUCAUGAUAUGUCAUGAUGCGUUUAAGUUAAGCUGGGCAGCGUGUAUGUAUACAUUUGUUUCUGUGUUUUAGGUGAGACAGGAAAAAAAUGGCCAAUUUAUUAUUUAUUUCAAUAUCUCUGGUCUUAAUAAAUGGUGCUUUAAUAUAACUUAAAUGUAACAAACCGAUUGUAUAUGAUAUGAAGUUAUGAAGUUAAUAUUAAUGGGUGGAAAAAAAAUUGACUUUUUUCUGUACUUUUUCUGGAAAAAAAAAAAACAUUGGUGUCCAUUUAUGUGUAUAUCCCAGGAAAGCUCUUUUUAGGGGAAUCUGGUGGGGAUGUACGUUUGACGCCUUUUGUAAGCAAGAAACUGGAGGACCGAUCCUUUAUAAUGUUCUGCUGUAAAAUAAUACAUUGGAAAAAUUAAAGUUUAAACAUGUUUGUUACCA